CCGUGCGUGCCCGUGCGUAGCGGGGGAUGGGGGACGUGGCCGCGCCGCUGGCGCGUCGUCGAUGGCAUGGUCCUGCUCGGAGCUUGCUGGGAAGGAGGUUCUCUGCCCUGCGCAGCCGGGUGUGAAGCAGAGCGACUCCUGGACCGCAGGGCUGACACCGCUAUGCGGGUCACCGGGAAGACCUUUCGCCGGCGCCGGGCUGACUCGGAGUCUGAGGAGGAUGAGCAGGAUUCGGAGGAGGUUCGGUUAAAGCUGGAAGAAACCCGAGAGGUGCAGAACUUGAGGAAGAGGCCAAACGGGGUGAGUGCUGCUGCGCUGCUGGUGGGAGAGAAAGUACAAGAGGAGACUACGCUAGUGGAUGAUCCCUUUCAAAUGAAGACGGGUGGCAUGGUGGACAUGAAGAAGCUGAAGGAAAGGGGCAAAGAUAAGGUCAGUGAAGAGGAGGACCUGCACUUGGGAACGUCGUUUUCCGCAGAAACCAACCGGAGGGACGAGGAUGCAGACAUGAUGAAGUACAUUGAGACUGAGCUGAAGAAGAGAAAAGGGAUUGUGGAACAUGAGGAACGGAAAGUCAAGCCCAAGAAUGCCGAGGACUGCCUCUAUGAACUGCCUGAAAAUAUCCGCGUCCCCUCUGCCAAGAAGACCGAGGAGAUGCUCUCCAACCAGAUGCUGAGUGGCAUCCCUGAGGUGGACCUGGGCAUUGAUGCUAAAAUAAAAAACAUCAUUUCCACGGAGGACGCCAAGGCCCGGUUGCUGGCAGAGCAGCAGAACAAGAAGAAGGACAGCGAGACGUCGUUUGUGCCGACCAACAUGGCUGUGAACUAUGUGCAGCACAACCGCUUUUAUCAUGAGGAACUCAACACACCCAUCCGGAGAAACAAAGAAGAACCCAAAGCCCGGCCUUUGCGAGUGGGUGACACAGAGAAGCCGGAGCCUGAACGGUCUCCUCCUAACCGAAAGCGUCCUGCUAAUGAGAAGGCCACUGAUGACUACCACUAUGAGAAAUUCAAGAAGAUGAACAGGCGGUACUGAGACGGCAGAGGGGGAUGUAAAUAGCGUAUACACGCGCCCAAUGCAGACAGUGCCCAAGAAAAGUGCUGCUUAGGGAGGUGACUUUCGGCCCAGACAGGGCUGCUGCGACCACUGGGAUUUCUGCUUCUGGUUUUGGUUCAGAGACAAGAGUCUCCCAGGCUGGCCAUGAACUCAAGACCCUCUUCCCUCCACCUCCCUACUUCUGGGAUUAUAGAGCUUUGUCAAGCACUAAAUUUGUAACAUUUUUUGAAAUAAAACAAUGUGAUUUCCCUGUUUGGGGGCAAACUCUU